UCUCGACUCAUCUUCCAGCAUUCAUGCCUACACAGGUCAUUUGUAAUUCGUUUCCGUUUCACAGAUACGUCCAUUUCCCUUUAAUGCAUGCGCGAGGGACUCCCUGUCUCCGAUUCUCCGGCACUAGCGAUGGUUACGCGAACAAUUCCUUUUCCACAUGCUGGUUCACUCAACGAAGUCCAUAACCUAUGAAAACGUUAUUGAGCUCAUCGUCACCGUAAGGAAGUGCUCUUUGACAUAGACAACAAGCACUUCUUGUCCAAAGCGAAUGGUCUCCCUCCCCUCUGCUUUAGACGCGUCAGCCGCGACGUCACGAGUGUUAGGGGGGGGGCAAAUUCCCCAGUUACUCGGUCGUUUUUUUCCUAUUCACCGUGACUUCAAAUACUUCCCUAGACGAAAACGUAUCGCCAAUGGAGGACGCAAUUCACCAACUUCGCGACAGAUUCGAGUGCAUGUCCACGGACCUCUUCAUAGUUGAGCAGCGCCUCGACCAGGAGUUUGCUCGCAUCUACGGCCCUGAACGGCAUCCUCGUCAGUUGCUUCAUAGGCUUGCAAAAGUCCAGAAUGACAUUCAGACGCUCUCCGAACAAUUCCAGCAACUCUUUACAGCAAAAUCACAGCUUGCCGACACGCUCCGCCACCAGCUCCGCAGUUAUGAACUGCUCGGAGCUUUGCAGGAGGUCGCCGGCGGCGAAGCGCCUGCGCAAGACAUCCGCUGUGAGCAGAUUUAUGAAGAAGGCGAGGAGUUGCUGAGACGAUGGAUGAAGAUCGAUCAACGUUCCAUGCAGUUUCCCGAGUGGGCUUCUGACGAGAAAGGAUUGGACAGAAAUGACGGAAUGUCCAUUUCUCAAGGAAACGCGGCUCCGUUUGACGGCAGUUCCGACUGUAUCCCAGGGAAAAACGCUGACCUGGCUGCGGGAGCUGCGCAUUCGGACCUUCCAGAGGCAGCUGGCACAGCCGCCUCUUCAGGACCAGAGAUGUCUCAGCCCGCGUUCGCCACAGUUGGGGGUCGAAGCCGAGUCUUCUGCGAUGUGGCUCCUGCACGGGACCCCGGGGUCCCCGACGCCGAGAGAGGAAAUGCUGAGCACCAAACGAGAGGCGCUAGUGAAGAGCCGGAGAAUGAAGCGUGCGUCUGUGGCUACUCACCAAUUACUGUUUCAGUGUUUGAAGGGGUACCUGCGUUGACGCGUCGCCGAUCUCGGCUAGGGGACGUCAACGAGCUGCUGCAUUGUCUCUAUCACAUGCGCUACGAGAAAGGCAAAGAAGGCGCUUCCACGACUAUCAGGGAGUUGAAUCACAUGAACUUGAAAGUUGUUGGACAAACUGGCGAAGCUAAGCUUUCCACUCUGCGCUAUCUACGACUCGUCGAUGUCAACCCAAGAACGGGCACUGUCCGGCUUCUGGUACCUCAGCGGAAGACGCGAGUCGCAGCUGAAGGUGGCCGUGGCAGCCUCACAGGACAGACCGCCUCCAGACCUGCAAAACAACCCCCCUCGUCCUCGCUUCGGACAAGCUCUCAAGGGGGAAUUUCAAAGAACGCAACCAGUGCUUCGUCGAGAUCUCAAAGUGGCAGUCGGCGAGAGUUUGGCAGAGACAGAGAAAAGAAACAUCAGAACCAAAGCCGUUUUCCGUUAGCGUCUACAGAAAGGACUCGAUACGACUCUUCAGAACUGAAAGAUGCCGAGAAAGAAGGAAGAAUUACAGCUUUGGUGCCUCGCUAGAAAAGGAAUAAUGAGAGCCUUACGUUGCGAAGUAGAACGUCAUUCUUGCACCUUGGCAUCAAAUGCACGUUGUUGUAGGCAAUGGCAGUUACACUGAGAAGCAGGGAUCUCUGAGUGUCAUUCGUUUGCUUUUAAAGGCUUUUGUCUUCAUAUCUCGCUUUCAGACAAUCGCCGCCCUUUUUCGUCGCCUCUCCAACACCUAAGAGACUUUUCUUCUAAUCCUGUGCACGAGUCGAGUUUUUUUUCUCUGUCGUAUGCCUGCGCUGUUCUGGUAUUUCACCUUUAUAUGUUUCCCCAG